GUUCUGCCAACUUGACGCAAAAACAAAGAAAAUGUCUUCCUUUACUAAAAAUUCGUGUCUGUGUUAAGGACGUGUUUAAAUACUUUUUAAGUGUUUUAACAGAACAGCCGCAACAAUGUCUGGUACAACCGCCACUAUUCGCACCCGCAAGUUCAUGACAAACCGUCUGCUUGCCCGCAAACAAAUGGUUUGCGACGUCUUGCACCCCGGUUUAUCUUCAGUCAACAAGAAAGAUAUCCGUGAGAAAUUAGCUGCUAUGUACAAAGUAACACCCGAUGUCUGCUUUGUCUUUGGCUUCCGCACCAACUUCGGUGGUGGCCGCUCGACUGGUUUCGCUCUCAUCUACGAUACAUUAGACUAUGCCAAGAAAUUCGAACCCAAAUACCGUCUUGCGCGUCAUGGACUCUUCGAACAGAAGAAACAGACCCGUAAACAGCGUAAGGAACGCCGCAACAGAAUGAAGAAGGUGCGUGGUACUGCCAAGUCAAAGAUCGGUCAAUCCGCCAAGAAGUAAAUUCUCAGCAUAGAGUAAAAACAGGAGCAGAUGCAGUUCCAUAUAUUCCAAGAGUUUCUUUCUUCAAAUUUUGUCAAGGGUGCACGUAUGUUCAUGCUUUAUAUCAACAAAUCAAAACGGAUAUAGUUUUAUACUUUGUUUACUUUUGAAUUGAUCUGCAUAUGGACAGAUUAUUGAUGAUUGGCGUAUGGACACAUUUGUUUCUAUAAUUUUUUAAGUAAAUAAACUUCAAUUUGAAAGUAAAAAGUGG